AACGGCUACAAACACGAUUCAGCGAGACGUGAGUGACAUAAAAAACAUGUCCAGGUCUCCAAGCUUAAGCAAAUCCUUUGUCAAUUCAUUCAUUAACGUCAGCUAGUGUGCUGAUGAGAUGAUUGUGAACAAACUGAUUCAUUUAAACGUCGAAUCAUUCCGUGUUUACCCCGUGAAAAGUUGAUCAACAAGGUAACCAAGACAGAAGAAUAAUGUCCGACUCUGAUGAACGUGAUGUGUUAAGAGCAGAGACUGAGGAAGAGGAUGAUCCUGAGAGAAAAGAGAAGAUUUCAGGACAAGAGGAUCAGCUAAAGCCCUGGCCACUAACCCAGGACAUGAUGGUGAAAAGCUUGUCCUUAUUGUGUCGCACAGGGAAUGGUCUGUCUCAUGCAUAUGUCAGACUUGACCUUAAAAGCAAGGGUCUGACAGACCUGGCCUUGCUCAGCUCCUUCAUCCAUCUGCGCUACUUGGACAUCUCCUCCAAUCAUUUGUCAGACUUCUCUCCUUUGGCUGAUCUCACCCAGCUGUUGUGGGUGAAAGGAGACGGAAACCUUCUUCAGAGGUUUGAGGGUCAGCCGUUUGGCAAGCUCACUUACCUACAGUGGCUCAGCUUUGCCAACAACCGCCUAUUUGAUGUUAAAGGUUUUGGAGGUCCAGCACUGGAAACCCUCAAUCUCACUGGUAAUGGUAUCCAAAGUAUGCAGGGUCUGGAAUAUCACAAUCUGACCAAUUUGGUGACUCUCGAGCUCAGAGGAAAUUGUUUGGAAACUACAGAUGGCAUUUACCUCCCCAAUUUACGCCAUUUGUAUCUGGCUCAAAACAACAUAAAGCGAUUGGAGGGUUUGGAGAAGCUCCAGCAUCUCAGCACUCUUCAUCUCAGAGAUAACCAAUUGGAAACACUAGAUGGACUUAGUCCCAACAUGAAAUCUCUCCAAUAUCUUAAUGUCAGGGGGAACCUUAUAUCUUCAAUGAGGGCUUUGCAAACUCUAGUGAAUGUAGGGCAAACACUGAAGGCACUUGUGCUCUCGGACAACCCUUUAGCAAAGACUGAUGAUUACAGGCUGUAUGUGAUCUCACAUCUCUCUCAGCUGGAGCGACUGGACAAGGAUCCCAUCACACCUGGAGAGAAGUCUGAGGCCCAGGAGAAGGAUUUUGAAGAUGAAUAUGCUGAAGAUCAAGAGGAUAAUUGAACAGGCUUUGCUACAUUGAAUAUCCUUGCAAAUAUAGUUUUGUAUUCAAUAAAGUCUACGAUCAUAAACAGUUCUGGUUUAAUUUCAUGCAAUAUAGCUCCUGAUGUGAUUUUGCAUAGCUGUUGGUAAAGACGAUACUGUUUAGCACUUUUCACUAGAAAGGAGAACAAGAAAGGCAACCUGAUGCCUAUUGUGAAGAAAACAAGAAAAUGCAUCUUAUUGCAACUUAAUUUACAAAAGAAUAUGUUUUAAAAAGGAAACAAGAAAGAAUAUUAAUAUAAUUUGGGAGCUUAAACAUCGUUUGAUUUUAUGUUUUAUUUUUCUGCAAUGUCACAUCACAUACAUUUUGGUAUUCUAGCAAAAGAGAACAAGAAAUGUCACUUCCUGGUUUGUUCAUAUCCACCCACAUUAAAAGGGACAGAGCUUUUUUCUUUUAACUGUAAGCCUGCCAGGAAAUAACUGUCAGACUUUUUUUUAAUGUAACCACUUAUUGAGAGAAAUAUAAAAGUAUGCAUAUGUAUUUUAUUCAGACUGAACAAAAUAAUGCAGAUUGUUGCACAUGUUAUUAUUUAUAUGGUCAUAAAGAUUCUGAUAGCUUAUAAUGUAAAUCAAUGAUAUCUUUACAAUGAUAUAGCAGACAGCUAUAUAAAUAUCUCCCAAUAAGAUGAUGUGUUACAUUAUGAUCAAAGCUCUGUAGUUUUUAAAGUGAGGGGGUUAAAAUUUUAACCCCCUCACAUUAAAAACUACAGCUAGCUUUAUACUAAAUAUAAUACAGUGUGGUUAAAUGUGUUUCCGCACUGCUUUCCUCAAGACUGUCACCAUGACUCGACAAAUAAUUGAUUCAAUCAGCUACUCCUUCAGUGAUUUGACAACAAUCGUAAACAUUUAAUCAUUGUAACAGUGUAUGCAAAUAAAGAUUUGUAAAAAACCGGACUCACUUCUCUCUCACCCUAAUCUUAUGUAUGAACUACUUAUUACAACACACACAGACACACACACAGUCCUUUUCCCUGAUCUGGCAACCUCUCUUCUGCUGCUCUGUUGCCACACGCGUUUCGUCCAAUGGCUCGCGUUAUCGGAUGAGUUGACAGCUGACGUAACGCCUCUCUUAAAAGCUACAGCGCAGCACGUUUCCCGCGUCCCACACCGUACUCGGCUCUGGUGCUUACUGCGUUUAUUUGAGCAAUUACAGAUUAACGUAGUACCAGAAGAGUUUAUUUUUCUGAAUUACAGCAAUCGCGCUCAUUUCCCCACACAGUUGAAACAUGAGCUAUCACAAACCCGAUGAGAAAACUCUGCAGGCCCUGAAAGACAUCGCCAACAAGCUCA